CAACUGCGCGUGAAACAUUAUCUAGCCAAGGCAGAUACCGUUAUUGCUUGCUGAAGUAGUCAAAUCAAACAAUGGUUGAUAUCUCUGUUCGUCAUGGUCAUCAUACUGAUGGUGAUGACAGUGGUGGAAAUGCUAAUAUAGCGAAAGCGACAGCAAUGGUAUGCCUUUUUGCCGGGUCCUUUAUUAUUGGCAAUAUACCGAUUAAAUUGAGCAGGAUGUUCAACUGGAAAGGUGACGCUAGGAGUAACAAACACGUAAAAUUUCUUCUCGGUUUGGGAGGAGGGGUUCUGAUGUGUACCACAUUUAUUCAUCUCCUACCAGAAGUAUCGGAGAGUUUUGAAGAUUUCGACAUCGACAUUGACGUUGAAAUACCUUUUGCGGAACUGUUGAUGUGCAUCGGAUUCUUUGUUAUGUAUUUGGUCGAGGAGAGUGUGCAUUUGUAUCUACACCGAAAGGAGAAAAUGUACGCGUUUAGAGAAAUAAGGAAAAGUCUUUCGAUUAGACGCGGCGAACUUGACGAUGUCAACGAAAUAGUUGACUCCCUUGAAUCUCCGAAAUCUCUUGUGCAGACCCACGAUCACAACCCUCAUUUACACCACGUAGAUCACAGUCACGUACACCACAGCCAUGCAGUCCACGACUUCUCAGAACAUGGGACGGUGAAAACGAUUAGAGGACUUUUAAUUGUUUUAGCGCUCUCGGUUCACGAACUGUUCGAAGGGCUAGCAGUGGGACUGGAGUCUGGAGCUGCCACCGUGUGGUACAUGUUUGGAGCCGUUAGUGCUCAUAAGUUUGUUAUAGCCUUCUGUAUAGGAGUUGAAUUAGUAACUUCAUUGAAAACGAAGUUGGUAGUAAUUUAUGUAUUUACUUUUGCUGUAGUUAGUCCUCUAGGAAUAGGAAUAGGUAUGAUUGUAACAAAUAUGGAACAUGAUUCGACCGCCGUUGCGUCAGUCAUAUUACAAGGGUUGGCUACUGGAACCCUUCUAUAUGUUGUAUUUUUCGAAAUUUUGCAAGGCGACAAGAAAAGUGGUCUCAUACAGUAUUCUUCUGUUUUUAUAGGUUUUGCAAUUAUGUUCACAAUCACCACAGUAUUGUCGGUAUAGUCUGUAAUUUCCAAAAUUUUAAUUUUAACAAUAAAUACCUGUUUUACUUUAUAAACCAGAAAAAAAUGAAACUAGCACAGAUAAAAUCUUUAUAUAUUGUAAAAGGUACGGCAAUUACUUUAGGAAAAUGUAAAACAUAUACGCUAGAGUUAACCCAUUCAUUUUAUUGAAGACUUAUUUACACAUAGUAAUUUUUAUGAUUAUUUCAUUUCUGAGUUUGACGUAUCUAUGUUAAAUUAUAAACGUACGAAAUCUGUAUUACGAAAUGUAUUAUCGCUAAUAAAUUUAUACAACUGCAUAAAACAAAGGUAUUCAUUAUUUUUUAUGAUAAAAGUACUUAACGGAUUAGAAGAUAUAUAGAAACUAAGCACCAGUGAUUUAAUAAUAUUUUACGUAAUUUAAUUUGGUGAUGUAUUAUUUAAAGUAUUUAAAACCUAUAUAAGUAAAAUUUAUUUACUGAAACAUUAGGAGGCGCGUAAUAAAUUCGAUAAUAAA